CGACAACCGCGAGUUUGGUAAGUGCGUGUUGCUGAGUUCGCAGAAUAUUAUGCAAGUUGUCAAAUGCAACUCAGAAUAGUUCAUGUUGAAAAGUUAUAAUGACGUAAAAGGGCCAUUAAUGAAACAGUGAUGGCAACUAAGUUGAUCUCAUCUAUACCACAGGAUUAACAGCAAAUCGCUUCAAGCAAAAAGACAACACAGAGUCCUGUGAUUGGCGUCACGCUUUGCACAGGUUAAUUGGAAUCCUGAACUGGAAAACGGCAGGGGAGAAGUGCAACUAUCGUUGCCCACAGAACCAUACGUAAACCAUGGGAGUUGAUUCUAUCGCCACAUGUCAAGAUGAGGGACAGACACAGGACCAUUACACCGGAAUGGACAGUCUUCCUUAUCGGGUCAGACAGUGAUGAACCUACCCACUAUCCUGAUGAACUUGCUCUUAAGGGCAGUGAGGCCUCCAGUUUUCUGCCACGGUGUUUACUCUCUGGCUGCCAAAGGAGGAAGAAGAGGGGAUCUAUUUGUCCCAAGGGUCGUCUGUAAAACACUGUCUGUGGAGGUGAUUUUAUAUGGGCCUCAAAGUAUUUGUAUCAACAUCGUGUCAGACCUGGAUACAAGGAGCCACACUCUGGAGGUCUGAUCUCCAUGUCAAUCAUCUAUUAAACUUGGGAAGCCUAUGAAUGACUUAUCGUGAUCCGUUUACUUCACUGCCCUAUACCAGCCUCCACCAGCCACUUCAUCCUUUACAUGCGCCUUGCAUCCUGUCAGACUUGCAGGCUCGUAGGACACGUUCACACAAAGAGGGAUACGAUGUCACGUGCGCAGAGGUGUGACGAUGACACCACAGCGUGUGAAACCUGGGCACUUUUCCCUCGGAGUUCAGUCCAUGAGAGAUGGAAGUGUGAGCAGGCUGCGAGGAGGGAAGGGAUGCGUCACUGGAUUAGUGCCUGAGAAUCCGUCCCAGCCUCUUCCCCCUGAGCUGCUGAGACGCCUCCAGAAGGGCACGAAACUCGCCGCUCGCGUCCCCUCCGCCCAAGCCUUCCACAUGAGCCAGCCGAGCCUUCCCUCCGCACCAGGAUGAAGAAAGAGAAGAAAAGCCAUGCUCUGCUAUGUCUGCUUCUGCUUCACUUCACCUCGGGACAAACUGACUAUGCUCCAUAUUUUUAUGAUAAUGGACCCAGCAGUACAAAUGGAAACAUGGCCUUGAUCAGCGUCUCUGAGGACACAUUAGUUGGAACACAGAUCUACAUCCUGAAUGGCACAGAUCCGGAGGGGGACCCAGUGCGUUACGGUCUGACGUUCGAAAAGGGCUCCAAGGAGUAUUUCAGGGUGGACCCCAAAAGCGGAAACGUGACCCUGAUUCAGGAGCUCGACAGGGAGAAACAGGGUGAAAUCUCGGUGCUUGUGAGCAUAACAGACGGUCGCAAUAAGGUUGUGGAGACAGUGAGGGUGUUCGUCACCGACACCAAUGAUGAAUCACCUGAAUUUCAAAACCUGCCCUUCAUCAUCGAUAUCCCUGAGGACACAGCUCCAGGAAGCAGCAUCUACAGAGUCCAAGCAGUGGACAAGGACAUGGGCUCAGGAGGCAGCGUCUCAUAUUAUCUACAAAACUCCCCGUUGGCCAAAUUCACCAUCGACGGCCACAGCGGGAUCCUAAGAGUCAAGCCUGGUGAGACGCUCGACUAUGAGACCACGCCCACUCACUUCGUGACAGUGGUUGCCAAGGAUGGAGGCGGGAGAUACAAGGGGAAGCACCAGGUGUUGACCUCCACAGCCACUGUAACAGUGAAUGUGCUUGACGCCCAGGACAUGCCUCCAUCUUUUGUAGGAACACCGUACUUUGGCUACAUCUACGAGGUCUCAGUUCCUGGUUCUGAAAUAUUCACGGUGUAUGCUAAAGAUGGCGAUCAAGGCAAUCCCAACCCCAUACAUUAUUCCAUCUUAGAAGGUAGUGACGGGGUUUUUGACAUAAAUAGCUCCAGUGGAUGCAUCACCCUGACGACGUACCCGUCACUCCUGAAAAACGAGUUGUAUGAAAUUAAAGUCAAGGCAGCUGAGGUGGGACCGAACGAACGGCUCAUGGACUACGACGUUACCACGGUGACAGUGCGGGUGGUGGACCUCAACAACCACCCCCCAACAUUCUACGGAGAAAACGGGCCACAGAGCAAGUUUGAGGUCACGAUGUACGAGCACCCGCCAGCAGGCGAGAUCCUUCGAGGCUUCAAGAUCACGGUCAAUGACUCUGACCAGGGAGCAAAUGCUAAAUUCAAACUGAGACUGGUGGGACCCAGCCGAGUGCUGCGAGUUGUUCCACAGACUGUCCUCAACGAAGCGCAGGUGACCGUCAUCGUGGAGGAUGCAUCUGGCAUCGAUUAUGAAAAGGGACCAACUCUUUCCUUCAAGUUGCUGGCAGUGGAGAUUGACACGCCUGAGCGCUUCAGUGCGACGGCUGACAUAGUGAUCAACCUGCUGGACACCAACGACAACGCGCCCAAGUUCACGUCUGAGUACUACAUUGCCAGGGUCCCAGAGAACUCUCCUGGAGGCGCCAGCGUUGUGUCCAUAACGGCGAAUGAUCCAGAUUCAGGGCCUUGGGGUGAAGUCAAAUACACGAUUUAUGGAUCAGGAUCCGAUUUGUUUGCCAUCCACCCAUCGUCAGGGCUCAUCUUCACGCAGCCGUGGACCAGUUUGGACGCAGAAGUCAGGUCCAAAUACAACUUCUACAUCAAGGCGGAAGAUUCGGAGGGGAAGUACAGCUUGGCCGAAGUCUUCGUCACCGUCCUGGACAUGAACGACCACUCCCCUGAAUUCGAUGACGAACUCCUGGAGAAGACCAUGAUCAUCGGUACACCUGUCAGAGUGGAGGCAGUGGAUGAAGACGCAGAGUCUCCAAACAACGUCAUCGAAUACUCCAUCAUGACAGCCGAUCCUGACAACGCGUUCGACAUCGACUCCGACACCGGGGAGAUCAAGCUGAAGCCGUACAUCAAGUCCAUGGAGAUCGUGCAGAACAUCACCAAGCAGAAAGACUGCAAGUGGUCUCUGGUGGUCCAGGCCAGGGACAGGGGGUCUCCGUCCUUCAGCACAUCGGCUGUGGUCAACAUCGACAUCACCGAGGCGACUCCUCUCAAGGGGCCUAUGGCUGUCUUUUUAAUGAAAAGUAGGGACAAUCCAGUAAAAGCUAUAGGUUUGAUGACGGUUAUCAUUAGCAUGCUGGUAGGGCUGACUGUCUUGAUCUCUACGGCUAUGUACAUGCGCAACUCAAAGUCCAACAGGAUCGUGCCCGCGCGUCGCAUCAUUAGGAGGCGAGCGAGGGACCAGCAGCCCUGGAGCUUCAAGAUGCCCUUUAUCAAGUUCACCAACCCUGCGGACAAGUUCCUCAUAGAGGAUCCAGAGGGCAGCUCCCCGCAGGGCCCCGGCGGCCCCCGGCCCCGACUGGCCCCGCCCUGCGCCCCCUGUCUGCCGCCGCCGCCGCCUUCUAGCGCGCGGCCCUGCGAGAGGCCCCGGGCCGUCCCAACCAUAUCCGGCGCACUGGCCUCCAAGGGCUCAAAGAAAGGCAAAUUCGGCCGCCGCAAGGAGGGGAACAUCAGCUCGGCGUUAGUGUCCGAACUCAAAAUGAAGCUGGAGCAGAAAAUCAUCGAGAGCAACCAAGGUUAUUAUUAACAUCAGUCCAGUCUUCGACAACGCUUUGCUCCUAGAGUCCUCACCUGGAGCGUGUGAUGAGCCCGUAGGUUGAGCCUACCUGUAAAUUAGUCAAGAUUAAAGCAGGAGGUUUUCCAAAUAUUUAUGUCUUAAGGUGAGAUACAGAACAGUUGGGUGCAGUGGUCACCACUGAGGAGAGGAGAACGCUCGCGCUGUUGGCGGCUUCACACUGCCAUCUUCAGGAGGAUUACAUCAUCUUACAGAAGAAAGCACCACUAUCAAACGCCCAGAAGAGGAUUACUGAGAGCCGCUGUGUAAAUAUAAGUUGCAUAAGUUCCCGAAAAGUGGAUUGUUAAAGAUCCUGUUCCUUUUGGAGAACUUGGGGUUUCAUCCAGCAAAUCCUAAAACACACACACACUGAAUGCAGUCGUCAUCGAACACAUAAAGUGUUGAAGGACCUGUGUGUUGGUAUUUUUAUUUUGUUGCAUCAGCCGCGUGCAAGCUGAGAAGUUGCUCUUUUGUAUGUUUACAACGUGCCACUGUAGGUUUUCACAGUAACACAAGCUCAGUUGCUUUUAUUUACUUGAAUGUGUCAUUUUAGAAAAAUGCUUUUGUACAUAAACGUGUCCAUUUUAAAUGUACAGCGCUGAAUCAUUUUCUGUACAUCUUGCAGCAGUGAAUAUCAAAAGAAAGUCUAACUGCACUAGUGGCAUAGUGUUGGUAAAAGUUGCUAUUUGAUUGACAUUUUGAGCUCAGAUUGUACAUAACCUGCUUGGACAUUUCCUUUAAAGCUAUAGAUAUUUAAAUGUAGAGUCAGUGUCAGAUAUGUAGGAUCCGCACACGUGUUACACUCCAAUGCCUUCACGUGUAGGCAAAUCAAAUUAGGCAGUUAGUUGGUGUAACAAAUGAUGUAACGAGUGUUUCUUACCUUAUAACUAGCACAAACAAAGUGAGAUAAACUACAUAUCUUACAUAUCUCUAUAUACUAUAACUUAACACAUAAUACAUAUACUAUAAAUUACACUUGCCUGGUCUUUGGAAGUAACAUUUGUACUGUCUUUGUACCGUCUUUUGAAUAAAUAUUUGAAAAUG